AUGAUUACCUUGUCCAUAGCCAGCAGCUCCUCAGCCUCUACGUUCCCUUUCUCUUCUUCUGUAUCUUAUCUCUUAGGUCACGGUUUACUUUCUCCACAUCCUUCUUCCUUUUACACUUCUUUCGUUUCUCAACUGUCUUUCCUUUGCAGUUCUUUCUUUCUCACAAAUUUCUCUUUGAUUUUUCACUUCCUACACUGCAUUUCCCUCACGACCAUUCCCUUCGCUUCUUUCUCCCCUCCUUCUUUUCUAUUCGCUUCUUUCUUCACUCCUUUCUUUUCUUUUUGCUUUCUUCUCUGCUCCUUCCUUUUCAUUCGCUUCUUUCUCCACUCCUUCCUUUUCAUUCGCUUCUUUCUCCACACCUUCCUUUUCAUUCACUUCUUUCUCCACACCUUCCUUUUCAUUCGCUUCUUUCUCCCCUCCUUCCUUUUCAUUCGCUUCUUUCUCCGCGCCUUCCUUUUCAUUCGCUUCUUUCUCCGCGCCUUCCUUUUCAUUCGCUUCUUUCUCCCCUCGUUCGUUUUCAUUCGCUUCUUUCUCCCCUCGUUCCUUUUCAUUCGCUUCUUUCUCCCCUCGUUCCUUUUCAUUCGCUUCUUUCUCCCCUCGUUCCUUUUCAUUCGCUUCUUUCUCCCCUCGUUCCUUUUCAUUUGCUUCUUUCUCCCCUACUUCCUUCGCUCCUUCCUUUUCAUUCGCUUUUUUCUCCGCUCCUUCCUUUUCAUUCGCUUUUUUCUCCGCUCCUUCCUUUUCAUUCGCUUUUUUCUCCGCUCCUUCCUUUUCAUUCGCUUCUUUCUCCGCUCCUUCCUUUCCUCCUUCCUUUUCAUUCGCUUCUUUCUCCACGCCUUCCUUUCAUUCCCUUUCUCCUCAAUCUUUCCUUCCUUUAAAUUUUUUAUCCCCUUCUUUCCUUCCAUUUCACUUUUUACCCCUCCUCCCCUCCAAUCAAUCCUUCACUUCUUUACUCUCUUCAACUUUGCCCUUCUCAAUCAGUUUCUCCCCUUUUCUUCUUCAUGUUUGUCUUUCUUUUCUAUUCCCCUUCUCUCAUUUCACCUCACUCUCUUAUUUCUCUUAGAAUUUUCCCCCUUUCUCUUUCACUCUCUCUACCCCUUUCUCUUUCACUCUCUCUACCCACUCUCCUACAUCUGCCAAUCUUACUAUUUUGAGACACUUCUUUCUCUAUCCACUAUAAGGUUAGAUUCUCUCUUUCUCUCUUCUUAA